AUCAGCGGAUGGAAAGGGCAAGUCGCUUGUUAGUGACGUGCUAGACGCGACGGCGCCUUUUAUCCACUGGAACUUUUUUCUUCUCGUGCGGCUCGAGGAGGCGCGCGCGGCGGAGUUCGAGCGGACGGCCACGCUUCACACAAAAUGAUUCUACACCAUAUCUCUAGAAAAGCACUGGUCUCCGGAGUCCGGGGACUAAACCGCCGCCUGUUCUCUGCAUCCAGGAGAAAAGGUUUGGUGCUCGGUGUGUAUGAGAAGGAGAAAGAUGACGACGGCGUCCUUUUCACCGAAGCAGCGGCGUCGUUUGACAGUUCCGUCUCAGGCAAGCUCAGGGAAUUGCUGUCACUAUCCGGACCGCCGCUGAAACUUGGGAAGAGCAGAGUAUUCUAUGGCUUACAUCAGGACUUUGCUAGUGUAGCAGUAGUGGGUCUUGGUAAGAAAGGAGUCGGCGUGUGUGGGAAGGAGAACUGGGAUAACUGCAAAGAGAAUAUCCGGGCAGCUGUGUCAGCGGGUUGCAGGCAGCUUCAGGACCUGGAGAUCCCUCAGGUGGAGGUUGACCCCUGCGGUGACGGUCAGUCAGCAGCAGAGGGCGCUUUGCUCGGCUUGUUUGAGUAUGAUGAGCUCAAGAGCAAGAAGAAGUUCCCUGUCACGCCACAGCUGCACGGCAGUGCAGAUACAGCAGCGUGGGAGAAGGGCGUUCUGUAUGCAGAAGGACAGAACCUGGCCAGAAGAUUGAUGGAGGCCCCAGCUAAUUACAUUACACCGACAGUUUUUGCAGAAGCCAUAGAGCAGAAGCUGUCACCCUUCUCAGACAGAGUGAUCAUUCAUAAAAGACCCCAGUCAUGGAUAGAGAGCGAGCAAAUGGGGGCCUAUCUCAGUGUGUCCAAAGGCUCAGAAGAGCCCCCCGUCUUUCUGGAACUUCAUUACACUGGAAGCCCAGACUCCAGCCAAGCUCCUCUAGUGCUAGUCGGCAAAGGAAUCACUUUUGACAGUGGUGGAAUCUCACUCAAACCCUCAUCUGGAAUGGAUGCCAUGAGGGCGGAUAUGGGUGGAGCUGCUACUGUGUGUUCUGCUAUUGUCACCGCAGCUGCUCUGAAACUGCCAAUCAACAUUAUAGGCUUGGCACCCCUCUGUGAGAACAUGCCUAGUGGGAAAGCUAACAAACCCGGAGAUGUGGUGCGUGCCAAGAACGGCAAAACCAUUCAGGUUGAUAACACUGAUGCUGAGGGUCGUCUUAUUUUGGCUGACGCUUUGUGCUAUGCUCAUAGCUUCAAUCCUAGAGCGGUAGUCAAUGCUGCAACACUUACAGGUGCUAUGGAUGUAGCCUUGGGUUCUGCUGCUGCGGGUGUUUUCACUAACUCUAACUGGCUUUGGGAACAGCUCCAUAAGGCAAGUGUCAUUACAGGUGACAGAGUGUGGAGGAUGCCACUAUUCCAGCACUACACCAAACAAGUCACAGAAAGUGCUCUGGCAGACCUGAACAACAUUGGCAAAUAUAGCCGCUCGGGUGGAGCCUGUACAGCUGCGGCAUUCCUGCGAGAGUUUGUCACAGCCAACCACUGGGCUCAUCUAGAUAUUGCUGGCGUAAUGACCAAUAAGGACGAGGUUCCGUACCUGCGGAAGGGAAUGUCUGGGCGACCCACCCGGACACUCGUUGAGUUUGCAGCUGUCUUGGCCACUGAGCCUUAAGGUGACCCAUGCAUGACUUUGACCACUCAAGAGCACAGAAGAAGGUUUUCCAGUUGAUCUAGUUCGGUUUUUGACAACGACUUUACAAUGUGAGCCAGGUCUCAUGGUAAAAAUGCUGCUGUCAUUCGAUUUUUGUAACACCAAAAAAAAAAGAAAAAUCCUUACAAAAUUAAAAACCAAACUGUGAAAUAAGAAUAUAAUAUUUGUUCCUUGGUAUUAUAGCAAAGAUGCACUUCAUAUCAGUUCCUAUGUACAUUUCUAAAAUAAAUGUAUUACCUGUGUCAAAUAACAUGGCCUAAAAUGUUCCGGCUUAUGUUGAACUUUUUAUAUGACAUGGACACACAUGAAUAAUUUCAUAUGAUUUUAAAGAGCCAGUAUUUGAAUAUAAAACAGCAUUUAUGAUCUAUAGCAAUUGUUUUGCUUACUAUGAAAUAACCUAGAAAUAACAGUUUUAUACUUAUGAAUAAAGGUGAGUGUCUUUAUGAAAGGAAAAUGAGCCUCAUUCACCAAUAUCUUCUUAGAUUUGUUCUUGCGAAAGGUCCUAAGAAAACACCUACACAGGCCCCAGCUAAAUGUUAGGAGUAAACGUUGCAGUAAAGUAGAAAUGUCAGAACUCAGAUUGAAUACUGUAAACACAUGUAACUCCCUAGAAGCAUUUGGCACUUGAUCUUGACUUUCACUCCUGUAAGUACUAUGAAAUAGUCAAAAAGAGCACAAAGUAAGAAAGAGGGAACAUACCAUUUAGAAAAGCCUUUGGAUCUAGAUGAUGUCAUUUCUGAUGGAUUCAAGCUGCAUAUUUCCACUUUGUGCAUCUUUUAAAAUAUUUAAAACAGAAUCUACACACGAGAUGAAUCUGACGUAGACUUUCACUGAGGACCUUUCUCAAGAACGAAUUUAAGAGAAACAACUUCAGAAGAUAUUGUGGUGAAUGAGGCCAAAAGAACUUAUCAACAGUAGUUUACAUACAGACAUACAGCUUCUGGUCAAUUGACAUGUUCUGUUGAAGUCAAUAUAUGUACACACUGCAGCGAACGCUGUAUUUGUUGAAUUUAGCAUAAUGGGGGAAAAUAAAACAAUGUUGCCUUUAAAAA